AUGGGGGUUCCGGGUCUCCUUUCCUUCCUCAUCCAGCGUCUCAAGCACGAGGAGAAGCGCCGUGAGGCCCUAGGAGAGAAAGAGAUCAACGAUCGAGCCUCUUUUCACGUGUCUUGGCCCAAGGAAAGCAACCUGGCUGGCUCACUCCUCUUCCCUCCCUCCCUCCAUUCCUCGCUCCCUUCCCAGGUCCUCCCCAACGUGCCCGUCGACUCCCGCGUGGACGUCUGGGCCAUGGGCUGUCUCCUUUACUGCCUCGCGUACGGUCGCUCGCCCUUCGAGUCUCCCACCGAGGGAGUCCUCAGGCUGGGCAUCCUCAAGUAA